AUGAAAGGUCCAGUAAGAGAUAAUGAUCUAUUCAAGAAUGAUGGGGUUCAAACUCAAUUGGCACAUGAUGGUGCAAAUGAUUGGAAAAGUAUUGGUGAAAAACUAAGAACACAUGAAGUGAGUUAUGACCAUAUCACUAACUUGAGUAGAUGGAUCGAAAUGGAAAUCAGAUUUCAAAAGGAACAAACAAUUGAUAAAAGUGUGCAGGAACAAAUCAAUAAGGAUAGAGAACAUUGGAGACAAGUAUUGUUGAGAAUAAUAUCCGUGGUUAGAACUCUUGUAGAAAAUAAUUUGGCGUUUCGUGGAGAUAAUGAGAAGAUAUACCAAGAAAAUAAUGGUAUCUUCUUAAACUUAAUUCAAAUAAUUGCUGAGUUUGAUCCUGUAAUGCAAGAGCAUAUUCGUCGAAUUCAAAAUAAAGAAAUUUAUUAUCAUUAUCUUGGACACAAAAUUCAUAAUGAAUUGAUACUUAUGCUAGCGGGUGAGAUCAAGAAAAUAAUCAUCGAGAAACUCAAAGAAUCCAAGUACUUUUCUGUGAUACUUGAUUGCACUCCAGAUUUGAGUCAUGAAGAACAAAUGUCUAUGGUAUUGAGGUGUGUUGAUAUUUCAGCAAGUCCAGUGAAGGGACUUUUUGAUGAAUUAGUGAAUGCGUUGAAUAAUCUAGAGUUUGAUAUCGAUAAUAUAAGGGGUCAAGGAUAUGAUAAUGGUGCUAACAUGAGAGGAAAACAUAAAGGGGUACAGAAUAGACUACUACAAGUAAAUCCUAGAGCAUUUUACACUCCUUGUGGGUGUCAUAGUCUCAAUCUUGCACUUUGUGAUAUGGCUACUUGUUAUACAAAAGCUAAAUCUUUCUUUGGAGUGGUGCAACGUAUAUACACUCUAUUUUCAUCAUCUACUAAAAGAUGGAAAUUUUUUAAAGAUAAUGUGAAUGGCCUUACUCUUCAGCCUUUGUCUCAAAGACGUUGGGAAAGUCAUGUUGAAAGUAUUAGAGUAAUAAGAUUUCAAGCUCCACAAAUAAGAAAUGCUCUACUUGAAUUGGCAAGAGUUGAUGAUCCUAAGACAAAAAGUGAGGCGGAGUGUUUGGCAACAUAUGAAAUAGAGAAUUUUGAAUUCUUACUUGGGAUGGUUAUUUGGUAUGAAGUGUUGAAUAAUGUUAAUAGAGUAAGCAAACAUUUGCAAACAGAGGACAUCCAUAUUGACGUUGUUAUAGACCAUUUAAAAGGGCUCAUUUCAUUUUUCAAAAGCUAUAGAGAAAUUGGGUUUGAAUCGGCCGUGAUUGAUGCUAAAGAGAUUGCAAGUGAAUUAGACAUUGAACCGAUAUUUCGUGAAAAAAGAGUUAUACGUAGAAAGAAGCAGUUUGAUGAGAUUUCUUGUGAAGAGAUGACAGAAACAGUUGAAGAAUCUUUCAGGGUCAAUUAUUUUUUAUAUGUAGUAGAUCAAGCUCUAUCAUCGCUUCAAAAUAGAUUUGAACAAUUUCAGGAAUAUGACGAUAUUUUUGGAUUUUUAUUUGAUUUGGAAAAGCUUAAAUCCAUUGAUGAUGCUACAUUGAAGUGUCGUUGCAUUAAUCUUGAAAAUUAUUUGAAGUAUAACACAGUAUCUGAUAUCGAUGGAAUGGAAUUAUUUUCUGAGUUGACAGUUUUAAGAGAAGCAAUAUCUACAGAAAUGAAUGGAGCAGCUGAUGUGUUAAAUUACAUUAAGAGAAUGAAUUGUUGUUUUGCAAAUGCUUGGGUUGCUUAUAGGAUAUUAUUGACUAUCCCAGUCACUAUUGCGUCCGCUAAAGAAACUAAAUAUGAUGCUAGGUUAAUCUCUCGGAUUAAAAAUAAAGUAUGGGGCCUCAAGAUUGCCGACUCGCUUAGGGCCUCCGAAUUGUUAGGGCCGGCUCUGAAUAUGGAACACAUAUGGGUUGUGGGCAUAUAUACAUAUUUCUCAGAAGAUACUUCCACUACAAGAAAUUUAUAUUUUUCCUACAAAAUUUUGAGAGACAAAUUGAGAUUUAUGUGGACAAGCAAAAUCGCUUCCUGUGUAGAAGUAACUUUAGCAGACGAAUUACUUUAUCGGAGGAAAACUUAUACGACGAAUUGUAUUCGUCUCCAAAGGGUUCGUAGGAAAAACCUUAGCCCACCGUUACAAGAAAAUACCCAAAUCGACUCAACUAAGACAGAAAACUCUCAGACACAAAGGCAUCAAGAUUUCAUCGAUUAG